UUGCGGUUGCGCCAGUCGCACAAGCGCAAAUGCACUCAACCGAUUUGCAUUGUAUUGUUUUAACAAACGUGUAAACGUGUAACGUUUUCCGAUUUAUGUCUGUGUUAGCAUUUAGCAGCAAAAUACAACAUGUCCCUGAUCCAUGUUAAGGAAGAGUAUGAAUAUGAAGAGGUACCUGAGGAUAUAUAUUGUAAAGAGGAACCCUCAGAUGAGGAUGCGGCGCGACUUGAGCUGUACGCCGACCACCAGGUGAAGGAUGAGCUAGUGCUCGGCCCGGAGGUGAUGUUUCCUCUCGAUAAAGCCCAUGCGGCACAAGUUGCCCUAGCAACGGAAGGAAGAAAGGAUUUGUCCCCGGAAAAAUCUUCCAAGCACGAGCCGGGUCAGGUUUCAAUGUGUCCCGAGAAACAAUUUGAACUACAACACUGUGGUGUGCUACUCGAACGCAUACCCCUUUCAUCCCUCGAUAAUAUCAACAGACCUCAAUGUGCAAUAGACACAGAAACACUUUCCCAUGCUAAUGUUGAUAAUAAAUCAAGAAAGUACACAAAUAACAUGAAUAAGGAAACGAAUAAGUCCAAAAUUUACAUUUGCAAUACAUGCAACAAAACAUUCAUGAGAAGAAAGCCAUUUCUCCAUCAUUUGAGGAUACAUAAUAAACCUUAUGCUUGUGAUAUAUGUAAAAGAAAAUUUUCACAACGAAAGUGUUUAAGAAAACAUGAAUUAGUACACACAGAACGGCAUUUCUCUUGCAAAGUGUGCAACAAGAAAUUUACAACACAGAAUACCUUAAAAAGACACAAAUUUGUUAUACACGAAGCGGAGCAUUUGUCGUGUGAUGUAUGUGGCAGGAAGUUUAUGUGGAAAGCCAGUUUGAACAGACAUAUGCUAAUACAUAGCGGAGAGAAACCGUAUCACUGUGAAAUAUGUAAUACGCGUUUCAGAUACAAGGACGCAUUAGUUAUUCAUAUUCGUCAACACAAUGGUGAGAAGGUGUAUUCCUGCGAAAUAUGCGAUAAGAAGCUUUUAUCUCACUCCAAUUUAUGCAGACAUGAGCAGAUACAUAAUAAGUAUAGUUAUUCAUGUGAGAAAUGUAACAAAAAGUUUUUAUAUGCUUCAUCCUUACGCAAUCAUGGAAAUAUUCACACCAGAGUAGAAACAUUCCAAUGUAAUACAUGUGAAAAGAAGUUUACCACUAAGAAUAGUUUAAUCAAGCAUUUUUCAUCCCAUUUAAAGGACCGUCCUCGACCCUUUUCUUGCAAUAUGUGUAGCAAAAAGUAUUAUCGUAAAAAUCACUUAACUGUGCAUAAAUUUACUCACACCAACGAAAAGCUUUUCGCGUGCGAUAUUUGCGAAAAGUCCUUCAAGUGCAAAGAAUAUUUAUUUAGCCAUUCCCGAAUUCACAGUGGAGAGAAAUCACAUUCGUCUCAAGCUGAAAUUCAAAAGCCUCAUACCUGCGAAAUAUGUGGAAACAAGUUUAGAAACAAAUCACAUUUAACAAGACAUCUGCUGAUUCACAGUGGGGAGAAACCAUAUUGUUGUGAAAUUUGUAAAAAAUACUUCAGACACGGAUCAACUUUAACCUGUCACAUGAGAACGCACACUGGUGAGAAGCCAUACGAAUGCGCAGUAUGUACACAACGGUUCACGACAAAUAGCAAUUAUAACAAGCAUAAGCGAGAUGCACAUAAGUAACAUAGAGUCUGUCUAAGCUAACUUACUGUCUUGAAGAGAACAAAGUAAGGGUCAUUAUAGACGUCAUAUUUUUUUAUAUACUCGUAAGGAUUUACUGUCAAAUAAGCAGUAUGUCACACACACUAGGGCGGCGCCACAGUCACUUUGAGUGAGUAGUUAUUAACUUUAACUAACCAUUUUCAGCUGUACAGUCGCCUUUAGGUAUAUCGGAGCUGCCAAAGUGCUAAAAUAUCUGAACACGCCAUCUAACGUCUUGGCAAUAGAGACGUGUUUAGAUAUUUGUGAGCGCCUUGGCCGCUCCGAUAUAUCUGAUGGCGACUGUACAUACAGACACCGACGAUGUUACAAAAUUUUACGAUGUCUGGUUUUAUCAUUUUUAUAAAAAAAAACAGCAGUGCCAUACGCAGUAUUGAUGUUAUUAAUAUUAUCCAAAUAUGGUGAUAGGAAAACCUUAAAGAAAAUACCUUACCUAAUUAGGUACUAAUACCAAUGAUAUUUUCAAUCCUUUCUUUUUGGAAUAUCUCCGGCAUUUAUGUAAGUUAUUUUACCUCAAAACUAAGUAAUUUAUAUAUUAGUCACAACUAAAUCAAGAUAUUAUCAAUGAAGCGCUGGUGGCCUAGCGGUAAGAGCGUGCGACUUGCAAUCCGGAGGUCGCGGGUUCAAACCCCGGCUCGUACCAAUGAGUUUUUCGGAACUUAUGUACAAAAUAUCAUUUGAUAUUUACCAGUCGCUUUUCGGUAAAGGAAAACAUCGUGAGGAAACCGGACUAAUCCCAACAAGGCCUAGUUUCCCCUCUGGGUUGGAAGGUCAGAUGGUCAGGUCGCUUUCGUAAAAACUAGUGCCUACGCCAAUUCUUGGGAUUAGUUGCCAAGCGGACCCCAGGCUCCCAUGAGCCGUGGCAAAAAUGCCGGGACAACGCGAGGAAGAUGAUGACCUAAAACAAGAUAUUCAAGUUACUUUUGCGAGACUGUUCGGGUGGUAGUAGAUACAGAUACGGAACUCUAAGGUGGUUCUGUGUAUGGCGAAUCCUCCGAAACUUUUUGCAUGACUCUGUUUUAUGUAAACAUUUCAGUUUUAUUUUCUCCUUUUAAGAACUAUUCAUGUUAAUUGAGUUUAUUACA